UUUAAGGCGUGUACAUCGAGAAGGGUUUAUUCUUCAUUGUUCUAACAGUGGAAAGUGUUGGUUUAAGCUUUUCAUUUCCAGAUACUUUACAGUUAUUUUGAAUGUUUUUCAUGUAAAAAAAAGAUUGGGCGAACAUUUUCAUUCUUAGAAAAUCAUCGUCGGAUUAGUUUGAAACUGAAUUGAAGUGAAGAAGAAAACUGAGUCUUAAGGAUUUUACAUGGUUUGGCCUAAUGCUUCAGUCUCUCGCCCUUCUACGGAUCCAAUCUAAUAACUGAAACGACGGCAACAACAACAGCAUUGUAAGAAAAGCCAUGGGGUAUGGUAAUUCGAGAUCUGUAAGAUUUCAAGAUGAUCUUGAAUUGGCAAAGCUCCACAACACCAUUAAUGGAGAUGGUAUGAAUAUGAUAAAGCUGAAAUUCAACAUUGAUGGAACCCAAAUAUCAGAGCCCGGGACCAAGAAGGGUGACAAGGAGUUGCCUACUAGUAGUAGUAGUAGUAGCUGUAGGACAGGCAAAUCCUUAAAAGCUAAAGUACUGUCCAGGGUAUUCUCAGAGGACUUUGAGAGAGUGAAGAAGAAGAUUUUGGAUCCUCGGGGACCGGUUAUUCACCGGUGGAACAAGAUUUUCCUAAUAUCAUGCUUAGUGUCUUUGUUUGUGGAUCCUUUGUUCUUUUAUUUGCCAGUAGUUUGGAAAGAAGUCUGCAUUGAUAUUGGAAUACCACAUGAAGUUAUCCUCACCAUUGUUAGAUCAUUGGCUGAUGCCUUUUAUUUGACUCAGAUUUUGAUUCGGUUUCGGACAGCUUAUGUUGCGCCUCCUUCUCGUGUAUUUGGGAGAGGAGAGCUUGUAAUAGAUUCCAGGAAGAUUGCUUCCAGGUACCUCCAGAAAAGUUUCUGGAUUGAUUUAAUUGCUGCCUUGCCACUUCCUCAGGUUUUGAUCUGGAUUGUCAUUCCAAAUCUUAGAGGUUCAACGAUGACAAACACGAAAAACGUACUCCGCUUCAUAAUCAUUUUCCAGUACCUUCCCAGACUUUUUCUAAUUUUUCCACUCUCAUCACAAAUUGUCAAGGCCACUGGUGUUGUUACAGAAACAGCAUGGGCCGGCGCUGCUUAUAACCUCAUUCUCUACAUGCUGGCUAGCCAUGUUUUAGGAGCUUGCUGGUAUCUUCUCGCAAUAGAGCGACAAGAAGCAUGCUGGAGGACUGCCUGUGAUGUCGAGGAUCCAUGGUGUCAGUAUAAAUUUUUUGAUUGCCACAGGGUUAAAGACCCUGGCAGGGAUACCUGGUUCAAGUCCAGCAAUAUUACUAACCUAUGCAAUCCAAGUUCCAGCUUCUAUCAGUUCGGUAUAUAUGGUGAUGCCUUGACAUUUGAUGUUACAACUUCACCAUUCUCCAACAAGUACUUUUAUUGCCUCUGGUGGGGUUUAAGGAACUUGAGUUCUCUGGGACAAAAUCUUGACACAAGCACUUAUGUGGGUGAAAUAAUUUUUGCCAUCAUUAUUGCAACCCUUGGUCUGGUUCUCUUUGCGCUGCUCAUUGGGAAUAUGCAAACAUACCUCCAAUCGACAACUGUUAGGUUGGAAGAAUGGAGAAUUAGGAGAACUGAUACAGAGCAAUGGAUGCGUCACAGGCAACUUCCUCCUGAGCUAAAGCAAUCUGUCAGAAAAUAUGAUCAGUAUAAAUGGCUAGCUACAAGAGGAGUUGAUGAAGAAGCUUUACUCAAAGGCCUUCCCUUGGAUCUACGUAGAGACAUCAAACGCCACCUCUGUCUCGACCUUGUUCGGCGAGUCCCACUGUUUGAUCAAAUGGAUGAAAGGAUGUUAGAUGCAAUCUGUGAGAGACUUAAACCAGCCUUGUGCACUGAAGGCACUAUCUUAGUCCGCGAAGGUGAUCCUGUCAAUGAGAUGCUCUUCAUAAUUCGAGGCCACCUAGAUUCCUAUACCACGAAUGGUGGCCGUACCGGAUUCUUCAAUUCAUGCAAGAUUGGCCCGGGAGACUUCUGCGGUGAGGAACUGCUUACAUGGGCAUUGGAUCCUCGUCCGAGUGUCAUUCUCCCAUGCUCAACUCGCACAGUUAAAGCAAUAUCAGAAGUAGAGGCCUUUGCUCUUAGAGCCGAAGACCUCAAAUUUGUGGCAUCACAGUUCAGAAGAUUACAUAGCAAACAACUAAGACACAAAUUCCGGUUUUACUCACACCAGUGGAGGACAUGGGCCGCCUGUUUCAUACAAGCAGCAUGGCGUCGGUUUAAGAAACGAAAGGAAGCGGCUGAACUUAGAGCUAAGGAGAACUUGGUGAUGGCUGCAGAACCUGAACCACCGGCACCUGGUUCAGGCUUGGCUAUGUAUGCAGCCAGGCUAGCAGCAAGCACUAGGAUAGGUGUUAAGAUGCAUUCAGGAUCUGGUUCUGGGGUUGUCAGCUCCUUGCCCAAACCAGCAGAGCCUGAUUUUUCUGUAGACGAGGAAUGAAUUUGGUAACACUCCCAACUGGGGAUGUAGUGUGUAGGUAUCACCGAGCAAUGCCUGUAAAUUUUCUUUGAUUUCUUUACUAGCCAACCUGUAAACAAAAAAUGGAUUGAGUUAUUAUUGGCUCAAUAUUUUAUCAAAAAAUAUAUACAUUACAAGGUGGAAAA